AUGAGUGAAAUCAAUGAGUCUCUAAUAGAAGCACCACUUAAAGCCUUACUAGAAGAUGUAAACAAUUAUGAUUAUAAAAAAGGUAUUAUUCUGCUUGGAAAGCUAUUUGGAAGGCUAGAGUGACUUAAAAUUAAUUGAAAAUCAAUUAAAAGAUUACGAUACAUUGCCAGGACUAGUUAAAAUCAUAGCCACUCUAUUUAAGACAUUAAUGAAGAAAGUCGAGAAAAAAAUGACCCUUUUGAAACUUAAUCUUAAUGAUAAUAGUGCUAAUCAAAGUUAUCAUGCAGAAGAGGAAUAUGAUAAAUUAGAAUAGAUUAUAUAAAAAUAUGAAGCUGAGAUUAGAGGACAUAUAAGCGUAACAUGAGUUUUGAUUUGUUCUUUUAGAUUGAAUAAUAACUUAAGCUUUAUAAUGAUAGUUUAUUAUAAAAGAUAGAAGACCUAGAAAAGUCCCAAAAAGAAACAAUAGAAUAAUUAAAUAAAAAAAUUUAUGUAAAUGUUAAAAAUAUCAGAAUUAGACUUUAAAAAAGGAUUUAGGAAAAUCUACAGAGAGCUAUAGAUAAUUAAUAAAGGAGAAUGAACAAUUACGAGAAUCAGUUGAUCAUUAACAUAUAGUACAUACAGAUAGUGAAGUUAACGGAAGAAUCAAAGAUAAAAAGUAAUUUGAGAUAAAUUUAUUAGUUUUGUCAUUCAGAUCACAGAUUAAAAAGAGCUGAUUAUAGUAGUGAAUACCCUAAAUCAGUUGCAAAUCUAUAUCCUUAGAAUU